UGCUGGGUCAACCCCGCCAGCAACCGAUCCAGGUGUCAAGCUAACGCGGUGCGGUGCACGAUGUCGCGCCAUUUGAGAUCGUACCGAAGACGCAUAUCAUCCAUUUAUCGCCCUGGCUGCCGGUUGGGUUCACAGGAGCUACUUCUCACUUCAUAGAGCUGAGGUACCUCUCCCUAGCUAGCUGGCAUUUGCUGGUCGUAUGCUCAACCCUGAAAAUUGCUUGCUUGACUUAAGCCAAGAGCAGAAGACAACAGAGUUACGUUUUUCUUCUCUCUGUCUACAUAUACACCACCCGCCAACCUCGGAAUCUUCGUCAUCAAGCACGUUAGGCAGCGACCUCAAAUCAUCAUGUCGAGGUCGCUGCUCUCGGCGCAUCUUGAGCAGAUUGCAAUCUCAUGCCAGGGCAUAAAUGAACUCCCGUUUCCACCCCCAAAGAUUUUUACCAACGCCCUGCUCGCCAGCCAUGACAUCACCUCACUGAUUCGCGACACCGAGACUCAUGAGCGAGCUCUCUUCUCCGUCCCGCCACCGCCUCCCCAGCAGCAGCAGCAACAACAACCGCAACGAACCCCGGCGCUAGACGACGACCCCGAUGCCCGCGGAAAGACAAAGCGCCGGCAGACUGUAUUCAAUGUCGCGGCGGGCGAGGUGACGACGGGACCUCCGCCGGGCCACCGGAAUGCUGUGAGUGCGCGCCGUAACACGGCCGUGGCCGCUGUGUUGGGAGGUGACCUACACGGCCAGAUCACGCGUGGCGGCCACGGCGGCGGCGAGGUCGACAUCGAGGUCUUGCUGCGCGGCGCUGAGAAACUGUGCCACGUCUACCCACUGCCCGGCGCACUCGAGCGAAUCCCCGAAAUGCGCCAGAAGUAUGCGCAUCAGCGUAACACGCUUGCCUACUACGAAGCCCGCGUAGCUGAACAGAACUCGCGGCUGGAGCGCAUGAACAGGGACAGGUAUGCCGAAGAGGACGACACGCAGGAUGACGAGGACGCUGAGGACCAGGUUGUUGAUGAUGGCUUGACGGAGGAGGAUCUCAGGAGAGAAGAGGAGGAGGUACGCGAGCUCGACAGAAAGAAAAAGGAGCUGCAGCAGCGGUUAAAGGCAAUGGAUAAAGAUCUCGGUGGGCUCUUGAACAUUUGAUCAGAGAGGGCGGCCAUGUUUUUCUUAAAUUUCACGAGUGAUACCCUGGAAUCAAAUUUCCAACGUUUUAACACGGGACAGAACUCUAUUGAGCUCGAAUUAGCACCGAAGCGACGAGUCGGUUGCAGCAGCCGCGCCGCUGGCGCUCUUUUUAGCCCUGGAGAACUGUUCCAGGAAAGCCGGGACCUCUUGCGCGCCACCUAUCUCAUACUUGUCAUUGAUAUAAAAGUGCGGUACGCCCGAGACGCCCUUGCGGUAAGCGUUUUCCACCUCGACGUCGACCUCGGCGCCGCCCUUGCCUGUCUCCAACCACUCCCUCGCCUCCUUGGGAUCCAACCCCCCAGCCUCGGCGGCCUUGGUCAGCAUGUCGAAACUGGUGAUGUCGCCGCCCUGCUCGAAAUACGACUUAAAGAUGGCCUCGACAACCUGGUUCUGGCGCUCCGACCCUUUGGUCUUGGCCAGCUGCAGCAGCCGGUGCGAGUCGCGCGUGUUGCCCAGCAUGCCCGAAAAGGUAAAGUUUAUUCCUUCCCCCUUGCCGGUGGCGGCCAGGCGGGCGUGAAGCAUGGGCACGCGGUCGGCGCCGAAUUUUCGGAUCACGUGCUCGAGCGACGGCGUGGGCGUCUUGGGCAGCGUCGGGUCCAGGUAGAAGGGGUGCCACGUCACGGUGAAGGUGUCGUCGGCGCCGCCCGGGACGGUCUUUUUGUAGACGUCGAUGGCUUUUUCCAGACGUCGCUUGCCCACGAAACACUUUGUGUUGGGUUGAAUGCUGUUAGCGUUAUUUUUUUUAUUUUCUUUCUUGCUGGUGCAGUGUGGGAAAAUGCUGCGCCUCUUUUAGGUAUGGUAUUUAAAAGCCACUUACAAAGGGGCAGACGGUGUCCGAGACGACCUUGAUAGUAAAAUUGACCAUUUUUCUCUUUUACGACUAGUGAAGAAACAACUGGAUUGAACGGGGAGCUUGCUUUACG